AUGACCCGCCAUUGGCCCUGGGAGGUGAGCCUCCGGAUGGAAAAUGAGCACGUAUGUGGAGGGGCCAUCAUUGACCCCAGCUGGGUGGUGACUGCGGCCCACUGCAUCCAAGGCACCAAAGAGUACUCAGUGGUGCUUGGCACCUCCAAGCUGCAGCCCAUGAACUUCAGCAGGGCCGUCCAGGUCCCUGUGAGGGACAUCAUUAUGCACCCCAAGUACUGGGGCCGGACCUUCAUCAUGGGUGACGUUGCCCUUGUCCACCUUCAAACACCUGUCACCUUCAGUGAGUAUGUGCAGCCCAUCUGCCUCCCGGAACCCAACUUCAACCUGAAGGUUGGGACACAGUGUUGGGUGACUGGCUGGAGCCAGGUUAAGCAGCGCUUUUCAGCCAACUCCACGCUGACCCCAGAGCUGCAGGAGGCUGAGGUGUUUAUCAUGGACAACAAGAGGUGUGACCAGCAUUACCACAAGAAGUCCUUCUUUCCCCCAGUUGUCCCCCUUGUCCUGGGGGACAUGAUCUGUGCCACUAAUUAUGGAGAAAACUUGUGCUAUGGGGAUUCUGGAGGGCCAUUGGCUUGUGAAGUUGAGGGCAGAUGGAUUCUGGCUGGGGUGUUGUCCUGGGAAAAGGCCUGUGCCAAGGCACAGAAUCCAGGCGUGUACACCCGCGUCACCAAAUACACCAAAUGGAUCAAGAAGCAAAUGAGCAAUGGCGCCUUCUCAGGUCCCUGCACCUCUGCCUGCCUCCUGUUCCUGUCCUGGCUGCUGCAGCCCCGGAUGGGCUUCUGACCUCCCUACCCCUUCCUCUUCCUGCCUUGCCUUUGCUGAAUGGGGCCAGAUGGAGGUUUGACCAAGGUCAUGUGUCCAUCUUCAACAAGAGCCAGGGUGGGGAAGAGUAACCCCUGGGAGAAUGGGUCUGGCGUUGGCAUCCUGGUGAGAAGUGUGGUGGAUGACCAGGCCUUGGGUGAGCAGGAGAAGGGAAGUGCAGCCUGGAAGGAUUCUGGAACCUGGGACCAGGAGAGCAGGGAUUAAACAUGUGCAAACUUGA